AUGGCCUCUGCUGGCAACCAUACAGCCCACGCUCACGGACCCGCCCCCUACGCCAGAUACCCCACGCCUCUUGUGUCUAUCACAGAGCUACCACAGUCUGUCUGCUUUUACUGCACCCAGUGCUACCAACUCAAGGUCCUCAAGCAGACCGGCGAUGGGCAUGACGAGACGCCUCACCACCGCCAGGCGAUACAGAUGCUGAACGGGGCACACAACAUAUCCUUGGGAGACAAGCAGCAGAGCAUGGGCAUGAGAGGGGAGAAGUCCGGAGGUGCAAGAUUGGGUGACGAGAGACCCCAAGGCUGGAUCAUGUCUGCUCCCGGUCACAAUGCUCAGGUUCAGCAGCCUGUCCCCUCGUCGGUCAACCAGUCUCGGCCUUCCCAUCAACAUCCGCAGUAUCACUUGAUCACUUCCCAAAGUCUCGUUUGCCACCCUUGCACAGCAGCUAUUGGUGAAACCAUGGUUGUCCAGAACCACCGCGAUUCCGUCUGGCGGCAUCAACAGUGGCCCUUGCAUGUCGAGCGGGAGAGGGUCUUUAUGGAGAGGUACGGCACUUGGAAGAGGCAGCAUGAAGUGUCGGGCACUAUGGAGCAGUCGGGAUUGGGUGAGAUCAGACUUUCACGAGCGGCAGCAGGGUAUGGAGGAGAUCGACGAGGAAGCGCUCCUGCCACUGCUCCCUUAUACCCCCACUCCACCACGCCCAACCCAGAGGCUUUCCUUGCUCGGCGUUCGUCUUUGCCUGUGAUUCCCUCGCCAUCUCGGGCCAGACAUCUCACCGUUCCGCUUACAAGCACUGCCGUCAAAUCGUCGCCCAUUCCCCGAGAUGAUCUCGAAGCGCCUUCAGACGUCCGCCGCAUGGAUACUCUUCCUCGCGGUGCCUCAUCUCAAAAGCGAUCUCUUGACCAAGAUGCGAAGAGAUCAAGCUCGUCACCGUUCACCAAACGGUUGAGGAUGGUCUCAAACACCCCCACCAUUGCUGAAGAGGAUGUACCUGGGAGUGCCGAGGCUGGGAGGAAGGACGCAGCUUCUGCUAGCCAGAAACUGAAGAAGCCCGAGGCACUGCAGGAGAAAGCAGAGGUCGGCGCGACCGGGUGUGACCCACUCGAUGACGAGAGGUGCCAUCUGUCGAGUGAUUCGAGUGACGGUGGAGAUGAGAAAGGCCGGGAUUUGGGGAAGAAAGAGGACGAAAAGAGCAACGACGAGACGGUAUCCACCAAGAGGGAUAAGGAAGACAAAGGCGUAUUGAACGAUGAACUGGGUAAGCACUUUAUUGGUCCGUAUUGGCAGCCUCCUUACACUUCUUAUCUGUCCAGAAUUUCGGCAAAAUAA